AUGCCCAAACGAAGAAGGAGCGAUGAGGAUGUCGGCGAAGACUGCGCUCGCGCAAAGCGAAGUCGCACAGGCUCCAGACGAAAUCUGCUCGACAUCAGCGACGAAAUCCUCCUCAGGAUCCUUUCCUAUCUACCUCCAAGAGAAUUACUGCGGACCGAGUGCGUGUCACGCCGCAUGCGGGCCCUUGCCGCGGACGGGGGAAUUUGGAAAACGAAAUACCUUGAUACGUUCACCCGGCCUCGUUUGAGAGCGCCUACAGUGGUAGCGAUCAAUGGGGAGUCAGUUGAUUGGAAGAGUCGAUUCAAAACCAAAACGAAUUGGUCAAAUGGCAAGGCGAAACUUCACGAACUGGAAGUGGCACGCCCGCCUGCCGGGCCUGUAAUUGCCAAGGUGCACAACGGCGUCAUAAUUACUGUCGACCCUUCAGGGCUUCGAGCUUGGUCGUCGAAACAGGGGACAAGGACCUUGCGAGCACACUUUCCCCUUGACGCGACAUCGGCAGCGACCUGUCUGUCUACAGAGAAUGUGGACGGACAGGUCAGGGUUUUGCUUGGUUUCGAAGAUGGCUCGUGGUUAGUCUACGGCUAUGAACGAGACCGAUUUGAGCUCCAUUGCUCUCAUCUAUCUGCCGACGGACCCUUGCUAGCCGUCUCCCUCUCCCAUCCCUUCGCAAUGACAGUUUCUAGAACCAAAUUCUUGAGCAUUUACCAUCUGGCUACCCGAGACUCCCCGACCUCAUGCUGCAAGGAUAUAUCGACGGUUGCGCGGUUUCAGUCUGAUGCUUCCUUUUCGCCUAUAUCGGUAUCUCUCCGACGCGCGCCUAGUGGCAUCAUUGCUGCGGUUGCGUACGCUUUCGAGAGGCUCCAUUCUGGGUGGUGUAUGGGUUUGCAAGAGAUCCGACUGAGUGGGACUGGACGCAUCCUCGAGAGCAGACUGGCCUCUAGCCUCGAGACCGCGUUAGACAGGGAGUCUGUACGACAGAACAAGUGGAAUAUGACGACGCGAUUCACAAGCUCCAUGCCAUUAGCAGUGCAUCCUCAGACGAGAAGUCCACCGACUUCUCUUUCUUAUGAGCAUCCAUACCUGAUCGGCACGUUGGCGGACAAUACCAUGAUGAGUUUCCUCGUGACCUCGAACCACGACCGUCUUGAGAUCGGUCCAGGGCGACGGCUCUGGGGCCACACUUCUGCCGUUUCCGGUGCAGAGGUCAACAACAGGGGCAAGGCUGUGUCAAUCAGCUCUCGUGGAGACGAAGUACGGGUAUGGGAACUAGAACACGUGAUGACGGGGUUUCCAGCCAAAACAAGCACUCGGAUCAGAGCUGUCGACGCGUUGUCUAGUAUUGCAGCCGCAUUGGCUCGACGGGGAUCUGGGUUGGGUCUUGCUCUGCCUGAGAUGAAACGUGAACUCGAGCUGAAUAGGCGUUGGGUUGGAUUCGAUGAGCAGCAGGUCGCGGUGCUGGGUGAGACAGCAGACCACACACAAGUAAUGGCUCUGUACGAUUUCACGUAG